AUGUCGGAACGCUCGCCAUCUCAGGAAGCAGUGCCAGCGGGAUCAUCGUCGAAACGCAAGCGCCGCGUCUAUCAAGCAUGUGAACCAUGUCGGAUCCGCAAAGCGAAGUGUGAUCGGGGGAGUGAUGAUGAUCCGAGACCUCCGCCUUGUGCUCGAUGCAAGAGAGAGAGCAUCCAGUCUCAGUGCGUUCUCGCCUCGAAGCGAAAUAAGCGAGAUAUAGGACUUCCGGAUAAGUUCCAGUCUCGUGAACAUACACAAUACGCCUCUACGACGAAUGCUCAGCAACUAGCAGGGAUGAAUGGUGAGGAAGUCUUAAGAGAUAUUUCAGCAGGACCAGCAGCCUCUGAGUCUGGAGAUUUUGUGGACUCGCCUUUUGCAAAUGGAACUUCGCCGGGAGAAGGUCAGAUUAACCAAGCGAACAGUCCUUACUCUCAUCGCUCCCAUCGCUCUCAGAGAAGUACUGAGAACGCGGGCGGCAGACGCUAUCCUUCUGGUUCAAGGCGGAAUCUGACUGACAACGUUAUCCAUACUCUUGUAUCCAAGCCGAAUGACGCCCUUGCAUUGCUUUUUGAAGCUGCGGAGCGACAGGACCCCUCUGCUCUCAAUAGUAGAGGACAGUCUCUUGAACCUUCGCAAAACUUGCAACGCAACACCGAUAAUUCCUUGGCACAUGGUGAAACUGGAAGCAAUCCCACUGGCCACGCAAAUGCAAUUCCGACUCCGCACUCGACUGUCACAUCGCCGGCUCAGGCUCUUACAGAUCCUUCCAACGAAAUGAUUGAGCUCUGGAAGAAGUACCGUUUCGUUCGUGAAGGAUGGUUAACAGCACGAGAAGCUGUGCUAUAUGUUGACCUGUUCUUCCGCAAUCUCUCGCCACUAUCACCAAUCUUGUUGGACUACUUCUCGAACCACGAAAAUCAUCCUGCUCUCAUAUCCUCGGAGCCAAUGCUUUGUACAACCAUCUUGACCAUUUCCUCACGCUAUCAUGUUCUCCAUGGGGAAGGAGGAAUGCUUCGUAGUGAUGAUAUUCACCGAAAAUUCUGGCUAUACUGGAAAACUUUGUUCAUGAGAGUUAUGUACGGGGAGGAUUCUGGUCCGAAUGCUAGUACGAGGUCCAUUGGAACUAUUGAGAGCUUGCUGUUGAUGACGGAAUGGCAUCCAAGAGCACUGCACUUUGCUCCUGAUGUUGACGGGUGGGACUGUGACAUGAGCAGAGGUGGUAGUAUGAGCCAUCAAGUAGAAAAAGGCCAGAACGGAUCCUUAGAAGAGGUAGAAAAUGCGGCACGUAGAUCCGAUAGAAUGUCCUGGAUGAUGCUUGGAUCUGCUCUAAGUCUUGCACACGAGCUUGGUGUCUCCGAUCAGCGCCUACAGAACCGAGAUUUGUCGUCACAAACCUUCGAGUCUGCAAAACAAAGAGAGGACGCGGAGUUCGUGGAAUUAAGGCAGACUCGGCCUCGAAGACUGCUCUACAUAUACGUCAACCAACUAGCAUCACGACUGGGAUGGACGUCUAUGAUACCAAGAAUCAUAUCGGAUUCUGCAGAGCAAACUUUUGGGACGGAAGCCGAAAGGCAGUGGCACAAUGUGAUGUCACGAUGGAUUGCGCUCACCCGCCUCAUGAAAACUGCAAGCGAUAUGCUAUAUUCUCCUGUAACGACAAAGCAAUUGCUUCGUAGCGGAAACUACGUGACAUCGCUGGAGCACUUCGGACAUUUGCUUCAAGACUGGCGCAAGGAAUAUGAAGAUCUUGUCGCCGAUAAGCGACUUCUUGACAUGCUGUUUAUCGAGUAUCAGUUCACACGAACCUAUAUCAAUGCACUUUCAGUACAAGCUGUGGUAGACCGGGCAUUCAAGAGUCCGAAUCAGGAAGGUUAUCUGAUGACUUCGGUCUUCGAGCGGCAUUCCGUGGAUUGGGGAUUCAUACAAGAAGUUGUCGAUGGAAGCCGUAAGAUCCUCGAGAAAGUCAUCUCGCUGAACGAUGAAGGCCUUUUGAGAUUCUGCCCCGUGCGAAUACUCUCAAGAAUCAUAUCGGCAUCAAUUCUCUUGUUGAAAGCGACUGGCUUAGGUACCCGGAGUCAGCAAGCGCAGAUGUCACUUGAUCUUCUUGAGAAACUCAUUAUUGCACUUCGAUCUGACCCGGUCGACGAAUUGCAUCUUGCCAAUCGAUAUGCUUCUCUCCUAGAGACGCAUGUCAAAGCUUUUCGGAAAAGAUUUCUCCGUGUUGGGAGAUCAAGGACGGCUGAGAAUAGUGGGAGUGAGAAUGAAAACGACACGCAGCAUCAGCAGGGAGGCGCUCACUUUGAAGUCCAUGACAACAUGAAUGCCGUUCCAAAUUUCGGACAGAUGGUGCCGCAGCAGAUGCUGGAUGAUUUUGGCGGUGGUGAUAUGUCAAUGUGGUCGGAUGGCAUGGGCUUGGAGACUUUUGGCGAUGACUGGAUGUGUCUCCCUCUUGACGCCUUUGAUGCUGGGAUCAUGGAUUUCGGUGGGGGUCUGGGUGCGGGAGGAUUAGAUUUCUUUUCGUUGAGGUAG